AUGCUUAAACGGAGAUUUGUAGUUUUACCGACCGUGCUUCAUAUUUUUAACAUUAUUGGACAAUGUUUACGAGUGCAAUGUCUGACGAUCGAUAAUCAUAUAGUUGUUGCUGGAAAUGAUUGUUACGGAAGGAUAUCGGUGGGAUCUAAAUUGUCUGACGCGGAUAUCGUAUUGCGAGUCGACGUCACGGAUUUAACGGAAUGCGAGGAACAAUGUUCGAAAAGUGAACAUGUCUGUAAUUCAUUUACAUUCGGCGUUGGCGUAAAGGGUAAUGGUACCUGUGCCAUCAGCGCCCUUAUACCGGUGCUGGAAAAUCUAGAGAUUAAUCCUGAUUACGACGUAUACGUAAAAACACGGCACGGUUCGUCGUGGUGUACCGGUGACCCUUCGUAUGGAGACUUUCGACAUGGAAAUGGAAAUCUGUUGAUGAAACCUAACGAUCGAUCGAACGCACAAGGACACGUUACAGACGUCGGCGGUAGUUCAUUUCGAAAAUCGUUCAAACAUUUAUCGUCGAUGCCAAUUUACGCCUUUUUAUAUCCGAGAAGUAAAGAUAGCAAGACAAACUACGGACUCGCUAGUAUCUACGAUCUGUUCAUCGAUCACGACGGACGUUUUCUUUCCGGUGACGACAACCGUAGGGUCUUGGAUAUACUCGCGACUAGAAACGAACAGAAAGCAUCGAGUAGUCCUUUCGUCGUGACUUGUCAUCGAAAACGGCAACCUGGUAAGAAGACGAUGGAACUGCUUGUCGAACGUGUCGUAAAUUGUGAGAAUGUACAGGAUUGUUAUCGCGCAUGCGAACACGAAAAGGCAUUCGAUUGUAAAGGUUUUAACUACAGGCCUGAAACGAAUAGAUCGAAUGGUUUAUGCGAACUGACAGCAACACCAUACUUUCGCAUGAACCUUGACAAGGACUUCAUAAUCGAUUCUCUAUACGAUUAUUACGAAAAGGAUCAAAAUUGUUUUCGUUCUAUGAGAAACGGCGGUACUUUUCGUGAGCAGAUUCAACCAAGCAUCCCGUGGUCACAGACGGAACAGAAAAAUACAAAUAACGAUAUUUUCCGUCAACAAUCAAUAUCGUCGGGUCUCCCGCUCUACCAGACACUAUAUCCAACGAGUCAAGAGUCUAGUGAAAAUUUUCAUGAUAACAAACACGGACGAUUCGAUAAACAAUUUUCCCAAGAAAGUCUUCGGGAGUUUGCUUUCCAUCGAAAUGCACCUUCGAACUACUGGUACGGUGACGGGAGAAGUUCAGGAAGUAGUGUUAACGACAAAUCUUUCUACGAUUCUCGCAUUGACUACAACAAAGGAUUUUCAAACGAAAGAUCUUCAGUUUCUCCCGUGUACCGGCUCGACGACCAGUCGCUACAACACGAUUCCUUCUAUUCCCGCGGCAAGGAACAUUCUUCUGACAAAUUAUACAAUUACGGUGGUGCAUUUGGAUACAGCGAGAACCACGUCCCAUCCUCGAAAGAGUACCCUUUCGAGGAACAGGGGAAAACACCGGCAACACAGAGGUGUUCGAUUAGAUUCGCAACAGGUUCAAAACUCGGUAGAAAUGUCUUACGGAAAUCAUAUCUUGCACGUGAUCUGAAACAUUGUGAACAGCUUUGCAACAUCGAAACGACAUUUACCUGUGGAAGCUUCGCUUAUAGAUACAACGUGUUAAGCACAAAUCCCAGCGACAAUUGCUUGCUAAGCGAUCUCUUGUAUCAAGAUUUAAAUUCUUACACGGAUCUCGAGCCAGAUCGUGAUUACGAUAUCUACGUGGUGAUCCAAGAUUCAAAGAUUUGUCUCUUAGAAAAGACAACGACUCGUUACCCAUCGGAAGAAUGUUUUUCGAGGGUGAGAAGUGGAUUUGGUAUACCGACGGAUAUAACGAGGAAAUCAACGUUCGCGCAUAAUUUAGGGGAAUGUCAGUUUGCAUGCACGAUGUCGCAAGAAUUUAUUUGCAAAAGUUUCGUUUUUGUAUAUGGAACCAUCAAGUACCACGAAGAACGCGCUCCAGAGCAUGUACACCCCAAUUGUUUCUUGAGCGAUUCGCCUUCGAGGGAAAUAAAUCCUGUUAAUAUGCCCGACAUGGAUGGCGCUGAAUUAUACGAAAGAAGUAGCUUCCCCAAUGGUUGCGAAACGUAUCGUUCGGUAGCAUCGGUAUCCGAUACCACUGCAUUAUACGAGAAGGAAUCUGUUCCAGCCCGCUCCGACGAGCUUUGUUACACUCGGUAUCACAGGCCAUGCAAAUUAAUGCCUCACGCAAUAGUGUCAUCGACACGAGCACCUACAAAGUCGGAAUGUCGUCGGGAGUGUUCGUUAAUGAGAAACACGGGCACGACAACAUGCAUGUCUUUCAAUUACAUGAUUACCGGUGACAGUGCCCAGGAAAAUUGUUUGUUAAGCGACAUAUCGAUUCAAGACCUGAGACCAAAUUUCGACUAUACCUACGACCACGAUCAUAUGCUGUAUACGUGGAAAGAUCUUGAGCCAUUCUGCGGUUUGCCAAUGAAUGCUCUUUACGAAAUAAAUGUUGCACCGAUACUCGAAGAACAAGGCCAGCCGUUGCCUCCUACACUAAGCCAAUCGAACCCACAAGACAUGUUUAACAGUAAAACCCAUUCAACAGGAACGAUUUUCCACUCCGAUUCUCGAGCGAGGAACAAGUCCAAGCCGAAAACAUACGGACGUUAUUACGAACGGAAUUACGAGGAGACAGAUAAUUAUGGCGUUGUCGAUAGUGGCGAGCCUCAAUCGCCAUUGUCUGUCGAUAGUUAUGAACAUGAAUUCGACUUCCUCCAUUCAAGGAUGCUUUCUGCAUUUCGACGUUACACAGUAAACGGCCAUCCUUGCAAGAAUGGCACCGUUUGUCAACGGAACGAGAUUGCUGGUUUUUGGUCCUGUGAACUCGAUGGAACUGAGUACGGUGACUGGGAUUAUUGUUGUGAACUUAACCACAGGUGUGGUUUCUCACAAGGAUAUCACUAUCCCUGGUGCUACGUGGGUUCGAAUUACGACCAAUGGAGACCUUGUAGCGAAACAUAUUAUCCUUAUAAUUUAACCAGAGAUCGUUCUUUUCAUCGACAGUCACCAGUAUACUCGGCGCGUCAUUGGCCGGUCAUUUAUCAGCAUGAUACGUUACCGCCAAACUGUACCAUCAGCGACUUUACAGAGAAAAGAAGUUAUCGUGAUUAA